AGAUUCUAAUCCGCGAACAAGUUCAAAUAGUAGCUGUGGUUUCGGCAGCAGGCAGUGGUUGCGAAGAUGUUGGUGAAGACAGGCUUGUUUUUGUUAUUGGUGACGGUACUGCAGGUAUCAGCACGCUACGCCGGUGUGCAACCUGACUUCAUCGAGAAUGUAAUCAAACACGAGGAGGAAGCCGUACUUUCAGGCUCUCGUAUCGUGUCUGGCUGGGAGGCAGAGCCCGGCCAGCACCCUCACCAUGCUGCUCUCCGAAUGGUGGACCCUACUGGCAGUGUGAGUGCCUGCGGAGGAUCCAUCGCGUCCAGGGAAUGGGUCAUCACCGCAGCUCAUUGUACUGCUGGCCGUGUAACUAUAGUAGUCCGCGGAGGCGUGGUCUCGCUCACCAAUCCGGAGUACAUCAGCGAGUCCACCGAGUACUACAACCAUCCGCUGUAUGAUAACAGCAAACCCACUGUUGUACAACACCACGAUAUCGGUCUUGUCAAGCUUCAGAGCCCUGUCACAUACAGCUUCCGUCUGCAACGUAUCCGCAUUCAGCCGAGAGCUGACGCGUACCGCAACUAUGAAGGCGCAUUGGUCUAUGCCAGUGGACACGGCAGGACAUGGACUGGAGGCGCUACUACCGAGGUGCUGCGAUGGGUGUACCUGACUGCAAUCUCGAACCAGGCCUGCGGCAGCACCUUCACGAGUGGCAUCAUCAUCGAGACUUCUAUCUGCGCCAGAUUCUACAAUGUUACCUCUCAAUCUACAUGCCAGGGAGACAGCGGUGGUCCACUUGUGCACGUUGGUUCUGACGGAGUUCCGACUCUCAUCGGUGUGACCUCCUUCGUAGCUGGUGGAGACUUCGGUUGUCACUCUGGCCUUCCCGCCGGUUUCAUUCGUCCGGGACCUUACCUUAAUUGGUUUGAACAAGUUACUGGCAUUGAUUUUGAAAAUCUAGUUGAAGUUGAACCCACUACUCCUACAACUCCCGCCCCUAGUCCUACAACUCCCGAAGAUCGUCCUACAAUUCCCGACGAGGGUCCCACUGUUCGUCCUACAACUCCCGAAGAUCGUCCUACAAUUCCCGACGAUGGUCCCACUGAUCGUCCUACAAUUCCCGACGAUGGUCCCACUGUUGUUCCUACAAUUCCCGACGAUGGUCCCACUGUUGUUCCUACAAUUCCCGACGAUGGUCCCACUGAUCGUCCUACAAUUCCCGACGAUGUUCCCACUGUUCGUCCUACAAGUUCUAUCCCCGAUUUUACAACCUCUUGGCCAGUUCGACCGACUACUGAAGACUAUCAAACUGUCGCAACAACUCCCAAUGACGAUGAAGGCUCUGGUGGAGACGAUGGCGAUGAUUGUUCCGAUUCCGAUGAAGACGAUGAACUAUCUGAACUUCUUAAACGUCUUGAAGUUAAAGUUAAAGUCAAGGUUAGGUUCGAUAAAUACAAACACAAGCAAGAGACAGAUAAGGUUGUAGAAGUUAAGAAACAUCAUUAAAUAUUAAUUUAAUUUCGAAACUGAUUUGCUAUGCGUAAUGAGACGAAGUAAUUUUUUGAUAUUUCUGACAUUUUACUGAGUGAACAACAUCUUUUUAUUGUUAGAAAUAAUAAAAUAAAAAUGUAAGUUCUUUAAGCAAAGCAAUGUAUCAAAGUCAGAAUGCUUUUACUGAAGUUAUUUAUUACCACUACGAUAUAUUUUCAAUACAAAAUAAAGCGAAUAUAAUACAGAAAAA